AUGGGCCUGAAUAUUUUCCUCACCGCGGCCACGGGUUAUAUAGGCGGCACUGUCCUUGAUACUCUCGUAACCCAUCAUCCGGAGUAUAAGAUCACAGUCCUUCUACGUAACAUUCCUGACACAUUCGUCGACCGAUAUCCCAAUGUUGGCAUUAUCCGUGGAAGCUUCGAUGACACUCAGCUGAUCUCGAACACUGCGGCCAUGAAUGACGUUGUAAUCCAUGGAGGCAAGCCUAAGCAUAUCCCAAGCCUUGAGGCACUAAUUGCCGGUCUUCUUCGCCGACCUGCGACUCUUCCAGGUCCCGGCUUCUUGAUCCGUCUUGCUGGUACAGGUAUCAUAGCUGACUGGAAAACCGGGCCAUAUGGGGAACUCAACCCAAAGAUAUGGUCCGAUUUGGAUGACAUAGAUACCAUCACCAGUCUUCCCGAGGACAAUUUGCAUCGUCCUGCUGACAAGAUCCUGCAAACCGCAGCGGCAAUGCAUGGAGAGCGGCUCAAGACAGCAAUCAUAUGUCCAUCAGGAAUAUAUGGCCCAGGCCGCGGGCUAGGAAACACGCGCAGCCUCCUCUUGCCUGAAAUGUGCGAGAACAUGAUAGAGCUAGGACAUGGGUUCUACGCAGGGUCAGGUGAGAACAGAAGGUCGUGGGUGCAUAUCGACGACCUCACGAAGGUGUAUCUCAAACUCGUUGAGGCAGCUGUUUCAGGCGGCGAGGGCGCAAUUUGGGGUAAAGAGGGCUACUAUUUUGUCACUAGCCAAGAAGUCUCGCAACGUGAGCUGGCUCAGCGGGCAGGUGAGAUCCUCCACUCCCAUGGGCUCGUUCCAGUGUCUGAGCCGAAAGGACUGAGUGUUGAGACGGUAAGGGAGAUGCGUGGUGGCUCGAGCUGGGAGCCCAUGGGCGUCUAUACAUGGGCUUGCAACACGCGCGCCAGGUCCCAUCGAGCGCGCGAGAUCUUGAACUACUUUCCAGAUGCUCCGAGUCUGUUUGAGGCCUUGGAGGGAGAUUUGUUGGCAGCUGUUGAGUCAGUUCGAUACCAGUUCAUUCCUCCGUUCCUUUCAUACUUUAUACAAUUCAUACAUUCAAAAGUCAUCAUGAAGAUCCAAGAUCGAACAUUUGUCAUCUCCGGAGGUGCUUCCGGCCUGGGCCAGGCAUGCGUUGAAGAGAUAUGCGCCAAUGGCGGCAAUGUGGCCAUUCUCGACAUGAACGAGGAGAACGGUCAAGACCUGGUCAAGAAAUUGGGUUCAUCGGCCAAAUUCUUUGAAUGCAAUGUGUUGGAGACAGAGAGUGUUACCAAGGCUGUUCAAGGUGCUGCACAAUGGGCUAAAGAGACGGGGAAGCCUCUUGCAGGUGUGAUUGCCGCAGCUGGUGUAUCAACUCCUGCAACGAUGCUCGACCGCAAUGGUGCUGCAUUUAGUCUCGAUGACUUUGACUUUGUGAUCAACGUCAACCUUCGCGGCACAAUCGACCUCGUGCGUCAGACUCUCGAGCACCUUGCCAAGGUAGAGCCCGAGGGAUCUGACGGUGAGCGAGGUGUUGUCAUCAUGGUAGCUUCAUCAGCAGCUUUUGAUGGUCAAAAGGGUCAGGUCUCUUAUUCUGCCAGUAAAGGCGCCGUAACAGCCAUGACACUUCCCAUGGCACGAGAUCUUGCUCGAUAUGGCAUCCGCGUCGUGACCAUUGCGCCCAGUCUAUUCGACAGCCGAAUGACAAGCGUGAUGCCUGAGAAGGUCAAGAAGAGUCUCGAGGGCGCGAUGGAGUUUCCCAAGAGAGCUGGUCAACCCAAGGAGUUUGCGCAAUUGGCGCGACAGGGAAUUGAGAAUGUCAUGUUGAACGGUGUUGUUAUUAGGUUGGAUGGUGCUAUGAGAAUGCCCAGCAAAAUCUGUAUCACCAUAACCACGAAACCUAUUGCAGCUCCAACAAUGGCUCCAACUAAAGUGGCAAUUCUGGACGACUACCAAGGAGUUGCUGACCCCUUCUUCAAGAAACUCGACCCAUCCAAGUAUGAAGUCGUGUCUAUCAAGGAUACGUUGCUGCCUUACAACCACCCGGACAGCUCACAAUCGAACAAGGAUGCUCUGGUUGAGAGAUUCAAGCCCUUUGAUGUUAUCUGCACGAUGAGAGAGCGCACGCCCUUUCCUCGAGAGUUGAUCCAACAACUCCCUUCACUGAAACUUCUCCUCACCACAGCCUUUCGCAACAGAUCCCUGGACCUAGAUACCCUCAAAGAACGAGGGAUCCCAGUUGCCGGAACAGUUGAUAAGCCCCGUAGCGGCAAGCCGGUCCUCGCUGGCACGGGCAGCACUACUCAACACUGCGUUACUCUCAUCCUCUCACUCGCUCGAGGCAUCGCCAGGGAUGAUGCCGCUGUCAAGGAGGGCUUGUGGCAGACCGGUCUCGCGACUGAUCUCUCAGGAAAAACUUUGGGUGUCCUCGGCCUCGGGAGAUUGGGAAGCGCAGUCGCGAGGAUUCUUAACGUCGCAUUGGGUAUGAAGAUUAUCGCGUGGAGUAGCAACCUCACACAGGAGGCGGCAGAUGAGAAGGCCAGGGAAGCUGGUCUUCCUGUUGAGGAUGGGGAGGGUGAGAAGACGUUCAAAGUGGUAAGCCGAGACGAGUUCUUCAGAACUGCCGACGUGGUGUCUGUCCACCUUGUCCUGUCUGAUAGGACACGCGGCAUAGUCAACAAAGAGGACUUGGCAAAGAUGAAGUCGACAGCCUUGUUUGUCAAUACCUCUCGAGGACCCCUCGUCGUGGAGAGAGAUCUUCUCGAUCAUCUCAAGGCUGGCCGUAUCAGAGGCGCAGCUGUCGAUGUCUUUGAGCCGGAACCUCUCCCCGCCGACAGUGAGUGGCGCAACAAGAACUGGGGUCGCGAUGGAUCAAGUCAGGUUCUGGUCACCCCUCACAUGGGCUAUUGCGAGGAGGACACCAUCAAGUCGUGGUAUGAGCAACAGGUUGAGAACAUCGAGCGAUGGGCUGCCAACGAGCCGUUACACAACGUAUUCACCUAG